AUUCAAUAAUUACUAUAAUCCUAUAUAUUUACAAGGUAUAAAACAUUAUUUUCUGGAAUAUUUGGCUUUUGGAAUAUAUUCCGUUUGAGUGUCUAGUAGUAAACAGCCAGCAUAUUAACAUUCUAUUUGCCAACAAAUAUUAAACAUUUUGAAAUGUUUGACAACAAAUUUGAAACAUUACUGUAUCAUUUGAAAAAGCGAGUUUCAGUGAUUCAAAUCGGAAUUACACAAAAACUAUACGUGAUAAAAAAGAAACAGAUCCCUGAUUCGAAUUCGGCGAGAAAAAAUAUGUAAAAAUCGGUGCAAAUAUUCUCUAUAACAGAAAUCGUGUUCACCACUGUUAUUAUUGUUUCGUUAAGCUGUGUGACGCGAUUUUAUUCGCACGUUGCGAUCACUACAAACCAAUUCGAUGCAUUUAAAAUCGAGCCACCGAACGUACAUUUACAUUCAUUCAAACAUCAAAUUCUGAAGCUACGUUGUAGCAUAUACUGUACACUGCAUCGUGAACGAAAUAUUUUUGCAAAGUUAAUAUAUUGUCACAAAAUUCAAGCGGAGAUUGCGAACGCCAGUGACGAAAUGCGAUUGUACAAGUAUCUUUGCAAAUUACCCAAUCUUCGAACUAUGAAAAAUGCAGAUUCCGGUUGAAUGAUCGCAGUCACAGUGACAGACAGGUACGAACAGAGGGACCGGCGCAUCGGGCACGUGAAAUAUCGAUAUCCGUGCGAAUGCGCAAUGAAAGAGCAUCUCUCAUUGCAAUAUGCGCGCGCACUGGAGUAGCCCCUCGUGGCUUAGUGGUAGUCCACACCCCCAACGAAAACGAUGGGAUUAUCGAUCGCGUUGCUAUUCGAGCCACUAACUUUUCGCUGUCUGACAGCGUUGACUCGGUUCCUACCGAACCAGAAGGGAAGAUCGUUUUGCAGAAUGACAUUGGAGUGACCAGUGUUUCACAAUCAGGUGUUUGUGCAUCGUGACAAGAGAUAAUCGACGAAUCAGCUUCCCAACCAGUGGAAAAAUGAAAGUUACACCGAACAUGGCCCGACUCACCAUGGAGUAUCCGAACAUGGACGAGCAAGGGGGUCGCAGACUCCGUAGCGUGCGCAGGAGACUUUUCCAGGACGAUGAAGAGGAAAAUGAAGGAGAUUCGAGUCUAAACUCUGGUGUCGAGGACAAUCUUGUGAAUUGCUUCUUCGAGGAGGCACGAAAGAAUCGGGAGAACGCCAAGGAAAGGUGGAACUUCGAUUUCGAGAAGGAAGAACCGCUGCCCGGAAGGUACGUAUGGGUGAAGCUCGACGAACAUGGAAACGAGAUCGGGAAUCCGUUGGAGACGCGGAAUCGGGUAGAGAAUCUGCAGAUCAUGCCGGACGAGGACGUUCAGGACGACGACUUCACGAUGCAGGAGCAACCGGAAGACAAAGAGGACGAGAAAAUGACAGACAGCACAUGAACGGAGUAACGGGACAUGUCGCCGAUUCGUUCGAGGAUUCUCCGCUCAAGAAUCGUGCGUUUACAUUUCUACAUUAUCAAAAAUUUGGCGAAGUUGGACGAGUUAAUCUCCAGAAGAAACGAGGAGAUGUUGACCGAAUAGUAUGCCUACCACCUAGUCAAAAACCGGGCACGUUCUAGUGCCCGCGACAUGAACCAAAGUUAAAUUUAAUUUAAACAAUUGGAUCUGUCGCGGAGGACAGACAAAUCGAAAAUCGUCGCGUCGUGAUAUUUGUUACUGUAUUAUUUAUACAUGCGGUUUACACUAAUCUUAUUAUUUAAUACAGUAUUUAUUGAAGUGGAGUGCAAUACACGUGAUCGAAUGAGUGAUAUUACACGAGACGUUUACAACCUAGAUGGCUUUUUUAUAAUCAAGCGAUAAGAUAAUAUAUUUCUGUAAAUAUGAA